UAAUGUCAUCGUAAUUAUAACACCAUUGCGUAUCUAUAUACGGUAAUAUAUAAUAAAAUAUAGUAAUGUACAGUAAAAGAGUUGCGCAGAGACGUUAUAACGAUUAAUGAUUAUGAAACUGCCGUUAAGAGUUACGAAAUAGACUAUUGGAUAUCGAUUAUGUAGUUUUUCCUUAGAACAGAAACGUGAAAAGUAAAAUCUUUUUUCAUUGAAAUUAAUGGAGAAAAAAGUUACAUGAUCGAUACCCUGACCUUUGUUGCAAAAAACCACGCACUCCUGCCAUAUAUUAAGCGAUCUUUAUCUUAGUUUUUGUUCUAUUUAUAGUUUAGUCGCUGAUCGAACACUCCUUACCAUAUUUCGCCAAAUGGUGCAACAAGAGGCGGUGGUCGUAAGGAACGCCAUGAAGCGUUAUGAGAAAGAGCAACUGGUGCUUAACAAUUUGAAUAUCACCGUUUCCAGGGGUUCUAUAUACGGACUAUUGGGAUCCAGUGGAUGCGGCAAAACCACCCUGUUCUCUUGCAUCGUCGGACUUCAAUAUUUUAACAGCGGAGAAGUAUGGGUCUUGGGGGAAACUCCAGGCAGCAAGGGCUCCUGCGUCCCUGGGCCUCGAGUGGGUUAUAUGCCGCAAGAUAUCUCUUUGGCAGGAGAAUUCUCCAUAAGCGAUGCCUUCUAUUACUUCGGCAGGAUCAACGGGCUAGAAGAUGAGGAAAUCGGAGCAAAACAGACUUUUUUCUCGGAGUUUCUUAAGUUACCUCCGUUAGAUCGCUUAGUGAAGAAUAUGAGUGGAGGCGAACAAAGAAGACUUUCCUUUGCCUGCGCGGUGAUCCACAAUCCCGAGCUUUUAAUUUUGGACGAACCCACUGUGGGUUUAGAUCCACUUUUAAGGGAGAGUAUUUGGACUUAUAUGAUGAAGCUCACGAAGGAGGAAGGCGUCACUGUGUUGAUUACAACUCAUUAUAUCGAAGAGACUAAAGACGCAAAUAAAAUCGGUUUGAUGAGAAAAGGUAAGUUGCUAACGGAAUCGGCACCGAAUGAAUUACGGCGACAAUACUCAUCCUUAGAGAAAGCUUUCGAGGUACUAUCCGUUACACAGGAUAAAGAGGAUAAAGAGGAUAAAGAGAUUACCUUAAAUGAAAGAUAUCGAAGAUUGCCGGAGGCUACCAGUAGCAAUGUAUUGUCUCAUGAUAAAUAUGAACCAACAAAAGUAAUCUCCGAGAACAAAGCAAUUUCGGGAAGUCAAGUUUCGAAAUUGAAAAGGUUCAAAGCUUUAAUAGCAAAGAAUCACAUCGAAUGUAUCCGUAAUUACUCAGGCCUCAUUUUCCACUAUUUCUUCUUGCUAAUUCUAUCCAUCGCAUUUUCUUUUGCUGUUGGCGGAGAUCUGAAGGGUAUCAAAAUUGGUUUAAUCAACGAAGAAGCUGACAAUUGUGAUUUAGGCAGCAAUAUUGGCAAUGUUUGGAACAACAAAAGCAUCUGCAUCUUUAAUAAUCUCAGCUGCAGAUUUCUGUAUCAUUUUAAUGAUUCUAUCGCGAUAAAGGAAUAUUAUCACGACUCAUCUGAAGCGAAACGUGAUGUACAAAAUGGAAAACUCUGUGGUAUAAUGCACUUUAAUCAAAACUUUUCCAAAGGUCUGCAAAACCGAAUACAAUAUCAAUUUUACACGAGUGAUUCCGAUCUUAACGCCAGUGAAAUUACAAUUAACCUCGAUAUGAGUGAUACACAAACUGGGCUUUUUAUACAGAGAAAGCUAUCCAAGCGUUUUAUGGAAGUUCUUCAGGAUAUUAUGAGAGAUUGCAAAUAUUCGAUAAAAUUGGUUGAUCUACCCAUUAAAUUUGAAGAUCCUAUUUAUGGUAAAAGUGACUACAAUUAUAAAGAUUUCGCGAUACCGUCAGCCAUAUUAGCAUUUAUCUUCUAUUUGAGUGUCACAAACUCUACCGACCUGAUAAUCGCAGAUCGGUCGGACGGACUCUGGAACAGAAGUGCAGUCCAAGGAGUCAGGACAGAAGAAAUCUUGCUAUCUCACAUUCUUUACCAGAGUUUAAACGCACUUAUCGAUACCAUCCUGUUAAUUCUCAUAUUCUUUGUUCUAUUGAGUACGGAUUAUAAUGGAUCGAUAUUCCUCAUAUUCUUUGUCGUAUUUCUCAGCGGCUUUUGCGGAUUGAUAUUGGGUUUAUUUAACUCUGUUUGGUACAAAAAUCACGCCGUGGCGCAUUUCUUUUUGGCUGGAAGUUUUCUUCUGCUACUAAUAGUUAGCGGAACUAUGUGGCCGUUGGAGGGAGUGCAAAAAUAUCUUUGCUGGUUUAUGUACGCUAUGCCAAUUAGUUUGCCCUUCGUAUCCAUGAGAGGACUCAUUUACAAAGGUUCUUCUAUAUUUAAGUGGGAAGUUUUAAGUGGCAUCUUUACGAGUUUAACAUGGAUAUCGUUUAUUCUUCUGGUGACUAUAUUAUAUUUAAGACGGAAAAUCUAGUGAUAUUUGGAAAAGAAAAUUCUUUUGAAAGAAAUCAGAAUGAGUUCAGUUGAACAUAUAUGAGUGUAUUUCAACUAACUAAAAUAUGUAGACGCCUGAUAAUAUUAGAGGAUAUUAAGACACGGUUGUAUUAAUUUAUUGUCAUGGCUCGAGGAGUACAAUUUCGGAGUAAAUGGGCGAAGGGAGCGCUAAUUGUUGCCUAUCGGCGAAAUCGGAGUAACCGGUGUGGCACUUCAAAUUUUGAAGUCAGGGUACUCGUACGUGUACGGUAGGAGUUGAAACAGCCGUUGAUUUCUCAUGUUAGUGCAAAGUGAGAAUAGCGUUGAUUCUUAUCGUCAAAUAAAAGAUACGGUAGCGAUGGAUAGCAAAGCUUGAGUGAGAUCGUGGCGAAUCAGUAAAAAUUUGUAAAAAUACAGAAAAAUAAGUCAUGAAAUAAACUCAUUUUAAUAUUUAAGAACUAUAUUCUUUGGUUCAAUAACUAUAUUCUUUGGUUCAAUGGUUACUUUAAAAUCAGAUAACUGUUUCAUAGUCAUGUUUCUUGGUUGUUAUAGAUAAUAUUUUGUGAAAUCGUUAUAUGUGUACAAGCUGCAGUGAUAUCUUCUCUUAACAUAGGGGUAAAAUAUAGUUUAUACAAAUCAUAAGUGUUCGAGCUUGACACCUUCAUUAAAAUAGUUUAAAAAAUAAAAAUUAAUAUAAUUCUAAACAUUUUAAAUCUGUGAAAUGCUGUUUAACCUUAUAAAAGUAUGAAAAUGCUAGAACUUGAUACCUUAAUUGCUCAUUUAUAUUUUGUAACUUAUUUUUGUGUGUUUGUGAUUUAAACUUGAUUAUCUAGUCUAGAUAAACAUGCUUCUAUUAUGUCAUACUAUUUAAAUAGUUGUAACAUCUUCCUUCAUAGGAGGUGGCAUUUUACCCAUAUAUGUUGGGCCCAAUGUCAGUUUUAAAGUAUUUACCUAAUUUUUUUGCUCAAAUAUCUAGAAUGUCGAAAUUUUAAUUGUAUUAUUAGUACGAAUAAAUAAAAGUCUCAAAAAUA